CAUAAGGUCGCAAGCCGCGCAGUUUGCCGCAGAUUGGCACCGGAGGCGUCAACACGCUUCGUGAACAACCUAUUGGAAAAGACUAUUGGGAUUUGAGCAAUUUUUCUCUCGAGCAAAUCCAGUCAAGGCUACCGUAAUAAUGAGGCUCAACAGCAUUAUACCGAAUUUUAACGUCGAGACCACGCAAGGCCCCAUCGACUUCUACGAGUGGCAGGGCAAUUCAUGGGUAGUUCUAUUUUCGCACCCCGCCGAUUUCACUCCCGUGUGCACCACCGAGCUAGGUCGCAUUGCGGUGCACCAGCCUUACUUCAUCAAACGCAACACCAAGCUGUUGGCUCAUUCCGUCGACAAACUUAAGGACCACGUGGACUGGGUUAAUGAUAUCAAGUCAUACUGCAAAGACAUUCCUGGUGCCUUUCCGUACCCCAUCAUUGCCGACCACGACCGCAAACUAGCCGUGCUACUGGACAUGAUCGACGAGAAGAACAAGAAUAAUCCGGAAACCGCUCUGACCGUCCGCGCUCUGUAUAUUAUCAGUCCUGAUCAUCGUCUGCGAUUGUCCAUGCAAUAUCCGCAUUCCACCGGACGCAACGUCGACGAAAUAUUGCGUGUGAUAGAUUCGCUGCAACUCGUCGACAGAAGACCAGAAAUAGCAACGCCCGCCAACUGGGUGCCGGGCGAGAAGGUGAUGAUCUUACCGACGGUGAAGGACGAGGAUCUCCCGAAACUUUUCCCAGGAGGUGUCGACCGUGUAUCUAUGCCUUCCGGAAAAGUCUACGUCCGCACCACCACUAAUUAUUAAUCGGAAAUCUUGCAGCAUUUUCAAAAAUAUUCAUACAUUCCGAAUCUUUAUCGAACUAUCCUUUGUUUAAUUUGAUAUGCUUGCCGUCAUGACAAGCUUCCCAGAUAGCAAACGGACAUCCAAUGGAUGUACGUUUCACGUCCAAUUUAUGUCCUUAUGUCCAAUUUACGUCCGUAUAACAAGGAUGUCCUUAUUGGACAUCGGACUAUAGGACGUCCGAUGUACGUCCAUCGGAUGUCUUAUGUCCGAAGUUGUGAUAAACGUACGUCCUAUGGACGUAUUUUGUAUAAAAAAUGGGCAUAUAACGGACGUCCAAUGGACAUCCGUGUGCUGUCCAUUGGACGUCCGUCUGGGUUGUAGCUUUUCUCUGAUUAGAUUGGACGGAUGCAUCCACUAAAAUAUUCCUAAUAAAGAUUGCGCUAGCGGAAAUUUUUACACUUUGCAUUUAUAAAUGAGUUUCUAGAUUUCUAGAUUUUUAGAUUCUUGAUCAUCGUUGCAUAUAUGAUUUUAUAAUAUGUGGUGAAGUUGCCUUUUCUUUAACAUGUAUAAUUUUGCAAUCAAUAAAAAUACUAAUAUACUUGAAA